CAUUAAUCUCCUUCUCAUCAUCGUCCAUCGAAGGUGUUGCUUGUCGGUGCUGUAUCUGACCCAUUCCAUGGAUCGCUUCCUUUCUCUUCUUUCAAUGUUCUUGCUUGCUGCAGUCAGCCAUGCAGCUUUAUCCCCUCAGAUAGUUUACUGGCACUCUGUCCUCCCCAACACUCCCAUGCCAAGUGCCAUCAGUGACUUCAUAGACCCUGAUGUGCUUGCUGAGGAGAAGUCCGGUGUGAACGUGUACACCAAGGGGAAGAGCGGUGGCACCACCGUCAACGUCGGUCACGGCCGCGUCUAUGUUCCCACCGGUAAUAAAAAUUAUGCUGCCACCGGUAAUAAAAAUUAUGCUGCCACCGAGACCCAAAUCCAUAAUGACCCCAACGUCGCCCUCUUCUUCCUGGAGAAGGAGCUUCGGCCGGGCGCCAAAAUGAACCUACACUUCACGAAGACCACCUCGGGCGGCGCUUCUUUCCUUACCCAGAAAGAAGCAGACGCCAUACCCUUCUCAUCAGCCAAGCUCCCGGAGAUUCUUGACCACUUCUCCGUCAAACCCGGUUCCGCAGAAGCCGAGGCGAUGAAGACGACGCUUCAGGAGUGCGAGGAACCGGCGGUGAGGGGAGAGAGGAAGUACUGCGCCACCUCGCUGGAGUCCAUGGUGGAGUUCAGCAUGUCGAGCCUGGGGACACGCGACGUCACGGCGAUGUCGACCACCGUCGCCAAAGUGGUGACGCCGCGGCAGCAGUACACGGUCACGGGGGUGAAGGCGCUGGCCGGGGACAGGCUGGUGGCUUGCCACCCGGAGGCGUACGCGUACCCGGUGUUCUACUGCCACGCCACGGGGACGGGCAAGGCGUACAGAGUGGGGCUGGUGGGGACGGCGGACGGAGUGGCGGUGGAGGCGGUGGCGGUGUGCCACACCGACACCAGUGCGUGGAACCCCAACCACGUGGCCUUCAAGGUGCUCAAGGUGAAGCCGGGGUCGGUGCCGGUGUGCCACUUCCUGCCGGAUGACAGCGUCGUCUGGAGCCGCAGCGGUUAAGGGAGAGCAUGCCCCUCGCCGUGUUCACUACCGAAGCCUCUAUAUAUAUGCUGUGUGUGUUCGUAUGUGUGCAAGCGAGAGCUCAAUCUGUAUCCUUUACUUUGUCUAUGUACGCAUGGAGUGUUGAGUUGCUUAUGUUUGUUUCGCUGGUAGGUGUUGCAGACAUAGGUGCACUGUAUACUUGUUAUAUAGUAAGCCGAUGGCCUACGUUGCUAUAUAUUGUAAUUAUGGUGUUGAGACUAUGAUAAGUUUGACUGUGUCUGAGCUUGA